CAAGGUAGAUAUCUUUCAAGAAUGAUGGACCAAUCAAGAUACUGGGAAGACUUUGUUAAUGAGAAAUUGGUGCAAGGAGGUGCGGUCACUGGUAUUUGCCUAGUCUCACAUCAAGGAGUCUGCUUGUAUUCCAUGGGUCUGCUAAAAGAUUUUGAGAAGACUUGUGAUGUGAAGCAGAUCCUUCAUCUCUUCAAUGAUUCACGGAAACAGAAGACAAGUCUACUGAGUGUUUAUGUGACAGGUCAAGGGUCACUCUCUUUCCAGGUGCAUCAACAAACAAAUUGCAGCUUAAUUGCAACUUCAGCAGGCAGCCAUAUUGGAUUGCUGAUGGGGAACUUACCGCAUGGGAUUCUGGCAUGUACAUAUACCCAUAGAGAACCUGAGAUUGGAAGAGCGAAGAAACAGUUUGAAGAAGUUUGCCGUCUGCUCCGAUCAUGACAGGAGAACUAGAAGUCAAGUCAUCUCUGUGAUUGGAAAGUCAUCCAGAUAAUUCAUGACCGUCUAUGUUCCUUACUAGGAUGAGCUGAAUGAGGAGGUUGGCAUAGCAAUGUCAUUCCUAAUCGACAUUUCAUGUACAUGAUAUAUGGAAACUGUGAGUUGGCUCAAUCUGUCAGAGUGUCUGCCAUUUUGAACGGAAGAAUCAUGUGUUUGAACCCAACUGGGGCAGAUGUCUGAAGCCUGUUUUGUGUCGAGUGUGCCCUAGUUUUCUCCUUUUCCAGAGACUAAAAACGAGGAAAUUUGAAAAAUCCCACCAGAAGCACUUCUGGAAUACUAUAUAUUUUUUAAGGGGGAGGGCUUGUGGGGGGAACCUAGGGUUUCUUGCAUGAAUUUUCUACACAUGCCUUGCAAAAAAUUGGGCCAGGGAGAGGUCAAGAGACAACAAUAUAGGUUAGGACCCAUAAAGAUUUGUGGCUUCUGUAGAAAGAUCAGUAACAGUGAAAAGGGUCAGAAGGAGGCCUCGUGAGUGUUCUUUGAUGAUGUCUUUGCAGAUUUUGGAGGACAAGGAAGUGGAGAAAUAAUGCUACUAGAUUUAGAUCAAAUCACUUGGAAAGAAAAUUGCUUGAGAAGUGGAUAGGGUCACUAAACCUGACUUUGGACAGGUUACUUGGACAGAUCACCUGGACAGAUCAAGCAAUUGUCAUUUUAAGUGAUUUUCAUUGUUUCAUGAAUAGUAUACAAAUAUACACUGUCUUUAGAGGUUCUGGUUAAAACUAUGCGCAAGA